UGCACACUGGCGCACGAAUCGAAUUUUAUUUGUAAACAAGUAGUAGUUUCCAUACAACUUCGGAAGAUGGACGCUUGUGGUCAAAGAAAAAACGAGUGGGAUGAUUUAGAAGUUACCCGAACGGAAUUGAAAGACCUAACAGAAUGCCUUAAAAAGGACGAAUUCCGCAAGUUAUUAAUUGAAUACGCCGAGGAUGUGAGCGACCCGGAAAAUAAGAAACGCUAUCAAAAGGAGAUCACGCAGUUAGAGAAGGAACGGGGCGUCGACGUUACGUUCGUUAACCCCGAACCGGGUUACGUCAUAAAAACAAGCGUGAACGGUGAAAAAAAAUGUUUUCUAAAUAUUAGCCAAAGCAAUAUCGUCAAUAAACCCAGCAGUCAACCAUCCCACGAUGAAGGACAUCGAGGAUUACAAUGGUCGAUUCCCUAUUCCCUCACACCACCUAGAGACGACCUCGAUAAAAAAAAUGUCCGCUGCGUCGUUUUCGACGUUGUUUUCCAUCCCGACACAUUAUAUCUUGCAUCGAAAAAUCCAAGAUUCAGAGACAUUGUUAAUAACACGGCCAUGGACGGCGUGGAAAAUAAUUUUAAGGUGAAGCUUGAUCGCAAGAACUUCAAGUUCCCGAAGAUGAAUUUCAAGGGUUCGUCUCAGCCCACGGUGAUCCGGAAACCCGCUGAGAACCCAAUCAAAGAGCCUUUGGACAUAGAGCCAGAAAUUUACCAGAAAAUAAUUUCUAGUUAUGACAAUUGUCGCGAGCAACAGUCAAAGAAGAGGUUUGAGGAGAAGGCGAAACGAGCUGCACCAAAGUCUACUUAUUAUCAUAACAGCGAGAAGUCGGAAGUUUCAGAGUCAAAAUACGCGACUCCAAAGUACGUGAUAACCCAUCAAAGCGACCUGGAGCUAGAGGAAUUCAGGUACAGCAAAGACGCGAAGAUACAUUCCGCGAUUCCAAAAAGGCUAGUCGUCGUGAUUGACAUGCCUUUACUCAAAUCUGCCAAUGAUGCAACCCUGGACGUUCUCGAACGCUCUCUAACCCUGAAAAGCGAGAAGCCUGCGAAGUAUCUUUUGGAAUUGCCUCUCCCUUAUUCUGUGGACGGUGACAGCGGAAACGCGAAAUUCGACUCAAAGUACAAGAAACUAACCAUUACAUUGCCUGUGAUUCGUAGGAAUUUAACUUUGGGCGACCCACGAGAAGACAGCGGGGUUGAUACUGAUCACAGCAGUCCUCUCAGGGAUGAAGACGAUUCUAGGGAUAGUUUCGAACAUAUUGAUAAUGUGAGCACUGAAACCGAUUCUUCGAAAGAUUCAGAUUCGUCGAGGCCUUUGAUCGUUGAGUUAAAUGGCGAAAGUGAAGUGCAAGUUAGCGAAUGCGAAGAUACGGCUUUACGGACUAAAGCAAGUGCGGAGUUAGCGAAUCAUUUCAUGAACCCGAAUAUCAAGUAUUCUAUUCCAGCAUUUACCUGUAACGUAUACGAUAAUAUUCUCGCGAUCACGAUUCAUGUCAAGAACGUGGAUUCGGAAUCGAUUUGCCAGAAGUCCCUAGAUGGCAACUCUGGCAUUCACGUCUUGUUAACUUCAGUGGGCGCGGGUUUCUUUCCAGUUUACUAUUCCAUUUGUAUUAAGAUAAGUGAAGAUUCGGUUGAUCCGAAUUCCCUUACAGUCGAACCGUGGGACAACAACGUCGUUAUUACAGUCGCCUUAAAGAGUACGGAUCUUAGGAGGUACUAUGUCGGACUUGAUGAGGAGUUUAUGGAAACAAAGGAGUUUUCUUCGGCGAUCUCUGUCAAGAAUAAACUGCAAGAACUUAUGGAGGAGCCGGAGGAAGAGACUGAUAAACAGAUUGAUGUUGUGCGGAAUGGUGAUGAAAUCGUCGUGAAUAUUCGGUCGAAUCAGAUGGAUACAGAUGAUGAAGAAGAGCAUGAAUCACAGCAAUUGUCUCCUGCCCAGCAAGAAAGGAAACGUAUUUCAGAUCAGAGCAGGUCCAUUUCGGAAAGUAGUGGCGACGAAUUGCCGAGUAGUAAUGGCAGCACUUAUAGAUCGAAAGGAAUUUUAAAAUCGCGGAGGAGCCAAUUUUCCCGAUCCGUUUCUGAAUCUAGUAUCGAUGACAGUUCUGCCUUGGCAUCUUCGGUUAAUUUGCAAUACGAUUCUGUCCCAGAAAUUAACUCGGAAUCUGAAAGUUCCAGUUUGAAGAAGACCGUCAGAUUCAACGAUGUCGUCUCUCGCCAAUUGUACAGAUCGAAUUCCAGUAUUUUGGGUCAGCGGAAAAAGAACCAGCGAAAACUGAAAAACAAAAAACGAGCUCACGAUCGCAGGAUGAGCGAAAGUGAAAAUUCAGAAACUGAUGAUCGCGAUAAGUUCAAAGUCGAGGCAAAAAAUGCACCAGAGUCUGAUCAAUCAGAUGCGGUGAGACCUAUACUGAACUUCAAUAAAACACCAGAAAAUCAUAAAACUGACUAUAUCGACAUUGAGAGUUUGCGAAACAAUAGUACAAAUUCAUCACAUAAGCGUAAAUCUAACAAGCAAAAGCGAAGCGAAGUUGCGGUUGAAGAUAGAAAAGAGACUGAAAGUGGCGACGAAGUCCACGCAGAAUUUAAAAACGAUCUGAUUUUCGAUCUGGACAUAUAAAGUUCAUACGAAAAUGCAGUUAUCUUAUAUGUGAUGGCCUUUCUAGUUUUAUGGAAUAGGUCUUUCGCCCUUAGUUCGUUUAUUACAGUUCGUGUAUCGUCCACUUCGAGUGGGAUAAUAUUUUUUAUGGUAAAGCAAGUUUGAGAUGUUUCAAUAAUAUGGAUAGCGAACAUCAUAGAUUUUCAAGAGUUUUCUUUCCGGAGAGUUAAUUGCCGAUAGCUUAGAUUUUUGAAAUGUUUUUGACUCUCGAGGUCUUCAAUAAUCGCAGGUAUCCGUAGUUUAAAAGGCCAAGUUUUUUUCGACUCUUUAAAUUCAUCUUCAAUUCAGUUAACCAAUGGAGGUCAAUAACAUGUACUAUUGAAUUCUCCUAGGAAAUUUAAUCAGACGCAGAAAACCUGGCUCGUAUCGGUUUAUGGGUACACUUUAGCUUCGUUCUUUCCCUAUUCUCACUUAAAUAAGUAUACGCGUAACCAUGAUAGAACUGAAUCCUUCGUACUCUAAAAUGCACCAGGAAGGAAUUUUUUAUAGACUGAGAAGUUGAUUUUGAUUCUUAAAAGUUUGGCAUGCUGUGCGAUCGCUAAAACAAAAUACAAAAAUCGCUAGAGUAAGAUAUCGCUAAUAAUAAGAAAAGUGAAUCAGAUUAUUAGUGCAUCCCCGACGUCAAAUGCUUUCAAAUUUUUGGAAAAGGCGUCUGCUUCCAAGACUGCACUUCCACAUACAUAUAGUUCAUUUUAUUACCUGUUUUGCAGUCCACAUUAUGUUAGGUCGUUGAAAGUUAAUCUUGCAGAGAAAUAUAGAUAAAACAUUGUCAAUUGAUUGAUCAUUUGUUUUGACGUACUUGUAUAUCGGUUGCUCGCGUAUCGAUUCACUCAAAUUAAGAUUUAAAAAGUUUUUACGGGAUUCAAUCGAAAUUUUAUUAAGUGUAGGCCACAUUGAGCGAGAACAUUAUUAAUCGUGUAUAUGAAUCUUUUUAUUCGGUCGUUGAGAUUCACGGAAACGAAAAUGUUCCAGUUUUAUAUAAGCCUUUCAGAGAUUUAAACAUCAAAUCAUGAGGUAAAGAUAGUAACUCAGGGCAGAAAAGAGAACUUAAAAUUAACAUUACUUUUUUCAAUCUUUGCUGAAAAUUAAUUUCCUUGACUCGCAUAAUGAAAGAUUUUUUGUUUAAAUUAUUAAUGAAUUGUUUUUUGCAAUUCAUCUUUAGAGAAUAUUGCAAUUAUGUAGUUUUUUUUAUGCUGUUGAAAAUUAUUUCGAUAGAUUUUUGUAUUCUUUUUUGUUAUUUACCUACUGUUGUAAUUAUUUUUUUGUAAUUGUAUAUGAGAACUUCUGUAUUUUAUAUUCUUUUUAUAUUCUGUACACCACUUUCGAGACAUAUUUAAGGAACUUCUUGCAAUUCACAGAAGUCAAUAUUUUAUUCGGACGUGUACAAUUUUGUUUUAAACCAUAUAUAAUCUUUCAUUUUACGAGAAGGAGCGAAGUGAUUGGAUGGAAAUGAAAUUUUAAUUGCGACAAUGAUCGAUUGAUUUUAAUCUAUACUAAGAAUAACGCACUGUUUGUCAGAAAGCACUAGAUUGAUAAAAUUGAAUUGUAUAUUAUAUAAAUCGAAAUUUGCAAUAAUUGUACAGUUUAAACAGUUUUUGUACAUAUUUGCAAGCAUAUCAAAAUUGAGCGCCGAUGACACCGUGAAAUAGUAAUUAGCCAGUGCAAAAAAAAUCUUAUACCCAUUUUUAAUACGAAACAGUUGGACAAAUAAAUGAAUUCGGUCAGUUUUCAGUUUAAAUUCAAUGUUUGGUUCUGUCAUUGAUUACAAAUUCAAAAAUUAUUCACUAAGAAAUCAGAAUUUUUUUUCUAGAAUUUGCAUUAAUUUUUUCGAACAUAGAAUUAUUUGUCCAACUUUAUAUGCAGAGAAAUUAUUUAGACGGGUACGCUUGGGAACGAUCUCCCUAAAUAAAAUUUCUUUUCCACUGUAAUAAAGCGUCGCACAAUAAUGAUGCUGCCAAAAUAAACUUGUAAACUACACACUGA